AUGGGCGAGGCGUGCGAGCUGAGCGUGUGUGGGAACGAGCGGGCGAUUGUGCCGGGCUUGUAUGCGACGUACUAUGAGGGAUAUGCGUUUGAUGAGCGGCGGAUAGGGCUGGCGGUGCCGGAGGUGGCGUUUGAUCUGGGCAACGGCGGGCCGAGUCCGGACGUGUCUGUGGACGACUUUAGCGCGACGUUUGUGGGGUUUGUGCGGCCAACGACGACGGGCUGGUAUCGGUUUCGGCUGCGGUGUACCAAUGGGGCCUGCGGCAUGUAUCUGAACCAGAGCGCUUAUGCGGACUCUGGCAACGGGCUUUUGCUUGUGGGCGGCGAGUCGGUGCGCGUGAAGCUGGAGUGGCAGCAUACGAGCUACGGCACGACGGCGGUGUUUGAGUGGCAGGAUGCUCCGGGUGGCUCUUUGGUGCCCGGGGGCCUCCGAGCGCGCUAUUACGAUGCUCUGCUGGAAGACGCGCUGGUAACGGACGGCUCGGUGGCAUAUGGCGACGCCGGUGUUGUGGCCAGAGUGAGCUUUGACUGGGGCUAUGAUGCACCG